GGUGCAGCAUGUAUGUGAGCGUGUGUGAGCCAGCAGAGCCGCCUGUGUGUUUACAUGCCAGUGUAUCAGUGCGGCCGGAUUUAGCGCAUCUGGAGAGGACGAAGGUAUUUCUCAAAUGCCCCUCAAACAAGGGAUUCUCAUCUCUGCGCAGAUUCCUCUCACCCAUCCUAAUCUAGCCUGUCCUGAAUCCUGCGUCCCCGACUCCACGCUUUCGGAGGCAUUUUGAAUUUCCUUGGCAACAUGGAACUGCCCGAAUUAAAAUUCUCUGCAUGACAGUCCUGCUCUAUCCUACACCUCCCGGUCGGCCAUCGGGCAUUGGGGGUGGGGGUGCGCAGGGUUCAAGGGCCACAAAGAGGGGGGCCACCUAUUGAGUACCGCCGGUCUAAUGUCUCAGGUAAACAAUAGGAUGGUGUCUGGAGAGGCAGGAGGGCACAGCUACUUGGUGGCAUGCUGGCAGCCCAUCCUGAUCUUGAUGCUGGGCACUGUCCUUUCUGGUUCCACCACUGGCUGCCCUUCAAGAUGUGACUGCAACGCACAGGAGCGUUCAGUCGUGUGCCACCGACGGAGACUGGCUGCUCUUCCUGAAGGCAUCCCCACAGAAACAAGGCAGUUAGACCUCAGCAAGAACCGUUUGAAAACUCUGGGGCCCGAAGAGUUUAUUAAUUACCCUCAGCUGGAGGAGUUGCAACUCAACGAAAACAUUAUCUCAUCCAUUGAACCGGGGGCUUUUGGGAACUUAAUGAAUCUUCGAACUCUAGGUUUACGUAACAACCAGCUGAAGCUCAUUCAGCUAGGGGUGUUUACAGGUUUGACCAACCUGACACAGCUGGAUAUAAGUGAGAACAAAAUUGUCAUACUGCUUGACUAUAUGUUCCAAGAGUUGUAUAACCUGAGGGCUUUGGAAGUUGGUGACAAUGACCUAGUAUUUAUCUCACCUCGAUCAUUUCAUGGCCUCAGCAACCUUGAAAGUCUCAAUAUUGAGGGAUACAAACUGGCUUCGGUUCCCACUGAUGCCCUCAGCCAUGUUCAUAACCUGUUGUCUCUUCGAUUACGUUAUCUGAACGUCAGUGUCAUAAGGGAUUACUCCUUCAAGAGGCUGUACCGACUCAGAGCACUGGAGAUUUCUCAGAUGUCUGCCCUAGAUACAAUGACACCAAAAUGUUUGUUUGGACUCAACCUCACUUCGUUGUCUGUCACAAACUGUAAUCUUACUGACAUUCCCUACCAAGCCAUCAGUCACCUAAGAUAUCUUCGAUUUCUGAACUUGUCAUUUAAUCCCAUUCAUACUGUGGAAGGAAACCAACUGUUCAAUCUACAGAAGCUCCAGGCUUUUCAUUUGGCUGGUGGGAGGUUGGUGACCAUUGAGCCCUACUCAUUUCGAGGACUUAACCAUCUCCGUGUUUUUAAUGUAUCAAGCAAUAGCUUGAGCACCCUACAGGAGUCUGUCUUUCACUCAGUAGGCAACCUGGAGACCUUGGCUUUGUUUGGCAACCCCUUGUCCUGCGACUGCCGGUUACUGUGGGUCUUCCGUCGGAGGUGGAGGCUUAACUUUAACAAACAACAGCCCAUUUGUGCUUCACCUGUGCUUGUGCAAGGAAAAGAGUUCAAAGAUUUUCCAGAUAUACUCCCUUCUGAUUACUUCACUUGCCAGAAAUCAAAGAUUGUGGAUUACAAGGUUCAAGAAAGCCAUGUAGAUGAAGGAACUACAGUAUAUUUUUCGUGUAAGGCAGAAGGUGAUCCAUUUCCAAUGAUAAUGUGGCAGUCUCCAAAAAAGGAAUACAUAACUACCAAGAAACUGGGGUCAAGGCUCUCUGUGUCCAGUGAAGGUACUCUGGAGGUGCGAUAUGCCCAGAUCCAGGACAAUGGCACCUACAUCUGUAUUGCCAGUAAUGCAGCAGGCAAUGACAGUAAAGCUGCCCACCUUUUUGUGCAUAGCUAUUCUCCAAAUUGGCCCCACCAGCCAAACAAGACAUUUGCUUUUAUAUCCAACCAGCCAAGUGAAGAAGCUGCUAAUGUGACCCGGGCAACGGUUCCAUUUCCCUUUGAUGUAAAAACACUUAUUGUUGCAACCACCAUGGGAUUUAUCUCUUUUCUUGGAGUGGUCCUCUUCUGCCUUGUAUUAUUAUUCCUCUGGAGUAGAGGGAAAGACAAUACCAAGUCAAGUAUUGAAGUUGAAUAUGUGCCACGCAAAGAGGAAUCAGAGGAAGCCAGUCCAACUGAGGCACCUGUACAAUUCAAUAUGAAAAUCAUGUGAAUCCUACGAGGAAGUUAUGUGAGCUUACAAACUGCAGUUGGGAUGCAUACUACCAUUGUUUAAAAUAUGUAAUCGGUUUAUGAGUGGUAGCACAGCUCAAAGUGCAUCUUGAAACUAUACUCAACAUUUUUUUUUACUUCAGGGACUAAUUUUUUCUAAAGAAAACGUUGAACAUUGGUUCAGAUUUCUGUACAUGUGUGUAUUGUACAGUAUGUUAACAUGCACCCAACAACCAGUAUGGUGUCUGGUAUCAAAUAAGGGUCGCAUAUAAAUAAAGCACAGUUACACAACCUGACGAAGGGGCUGCUGUUGGCAAGGACUUGGGGAAUCAUUUUAAAGAUAUGGUUCCUAAUUUCAAAAUAUCGUGUUGAGAUUAUUUUUUUCUCUGAAAGUUACUUUUGGUUUUGAUGGAUGAAGCACACGGAUAUCUUGAAUGAAAACCCAGCGGUAUUCUUUUUUCUCUAUCACAAGGAAACCAGAUGUCUUUCAUAAGUAUUAUUGUUUUCAGGUAAAUUUAUUAAGAAAUUGCACCUCUGCUUUCUGCAAAAAUCAAGGAAAACACAAGGAAAUUCCAAAAGACAAAGAAAAUUAUUUUGGAGGUGUGUAAUAUCAGCUGUUGAAUCUCAUUUGUAAUAUCUAUACAGAACAGUUAGCGAGCACUGGCAUUUCUGCUAUUUUUCCAGGGUCAUUAAAUUGUGUGUUGAAAUUUUCUCUGAACUCUCUGGCGGUGUUGUCCCAAGGAGUCCAAAACUUAAAAUGUAACCUCACUUUUCAAAAGGUGCAGCAGGAAAGUCAAUUUCUCAAGACAACUUCAAGCCCACAGAACCCAUCAGCUGGACUUUUCCCCAAACCUGGUAAAAUAAGAAGUGUGCAUGUUACCACACUGCUUAUGAAAUUUUUUUUUUAAAUCUGCUUAUUUCAACCAGCAACGGUUUGUCAUUAAAUGUAUCUUCAAUGUUGCAAUAUAUAGAUAUUUUUUCUGUAUUUUAAUCUUCCAUGUACAUUAUGCUAUAACCCAUAGCACUGUUUUUAAUAGCUAUGGUUUCUGAGAAUAUUGCAAUCCAAAGAGCAGAUUAAACAUCCAGUAAACAUGUUUUGAUGUAACUAAAUUGACAUAGAGUUGUUUCUGCUUGUUGUCAUGCAUACCCCUCUCCCCCC